GCGAACCGCCAAUCAACCAUAGAAGAAGAAGCGUCACUCACGCUCAAGUGUGUUUUGGCGAGAAGGAAAAUGGCGCCGACGAUUCAGACGCAGCCUCAACGAGAGGACGGCCACAGGCCAUCCUCUCACCGAACUGUACCUGAGAGGUCGGGAGUGGUCUGUCGAGUCAAGUACUGCAACAGCCUGCCAGAUAUUCCCUUUGACCCUAAAUUCAUCACAUAUCCAUUCGAUCAGCACAGGUUUGUACAGUACAAAGCUACGUCUCUGGAGAAGCAGCACAAGCAUGAGCUCCUGACCGAGCCGGACCUCGGUGUCACCAUUGAUCUCAUCAACCCUGACACAUACCGCGUAGACCCCAACAGUAAGUGCUUAUGUGCUUCUUUUUUGUUGACAAAAUUCACAUGUCAGAGUUUUGUUAAAAACUUGAAUAGCUAUUUUUGCUGCAGAUUACAAAAACAGCACAGACCUUUGGCUUGA